CGCUCGCAAUCUCCCCGCGCCACCCACCUCCUCCGGCCUCGGCACCAUGGCCGCCCCCGUGCUCCGGCGCGCCGUGCUCCGCAGCGGGAGGGCCCUCGGCGCGGCCCCAGGUAGAAGAUCUCUUCUUUCUGCGGCCUAUGUGGAUAGCUCAAAAUGGGAAAAGAGACAAAAAGAGGAGCAUAACCUGGCUGACUUGGCCCACUUAAUGGACAGAACCUAUGAAAGAAAGCUGCCUGUCAGCUCUUUGACAAUAGCCCGGUUUGUUGACAACAUUUCUUCACGAGAAGAAGUGGAUCAAGCUGAAUACUACCUUUACAAGUUUCGUCAUAGUCCAAAUUGCUGGUACUUGAGAGACUGGACCAUCCACAGCUGGAUCAGACAGUGUUUGAAAUAUGGUGCUCAAGACAAAGCCUUAUACACAUUAAAAAACAAAGUUCAGUAUGGAAUUUUUCCAGAUAAUUUUACAUUCAAUAUUUUGUUGGAUUAUUUUAUAAAGCAGAAGAAAUAUGAAGAUGCUAUGUCAGUAGUAACAGAGAUCAUGCUCCAAGAAAGUUUUGAUGAAUUAUCAACACAGCUUCUUUCUCUCUAUGUUUUAUACCAGUAUCUGGCAACCAAGUCUGAUCAUGCGUGGGAAGAGGAGAGAAAUCUUGGAGCAUCGCUAGUGCUUGCGAGUCUAAAGCAAAAUAGCACUGUGGGUUUCAGCUCCCAGCUGUAUGGCUAUGCAUUCCUUGGAAAAGUAGAGUUGAAUAAGGGACUAAGAGCUGUAUACAAUCUAAUGCCACUGAUGUGGACACCUGGAUAUUUGAAUAGAGCCUUGCAAGUGAUGGAGAUUGUGGCUUCAUUGUCAGGAGACAGCAAAAUCUGCAAAGAAGCUAUUGAUGCCCUGGAGACCAUUUUACAGUCUGUCCUUGAAGCCAAACCUGGUCCAGAUUCUGCUGAAGAAGUCAAGGGAUUAGAGCAGAAGUCACAGAGUGCAGAAUCAGAAGAAACAGAACAAUCUAAAGCACCUGAGUACUACAGUCGAUUCAAAUUCCAUGAGCAGUACUCAUCUCACAGCCCAUCAGUUUCCCUUGCUGCUGUCACCUGGAUGGCUGUGACCUUGCACAGUUGUUCUGGAUACAGACUAUUCUGAAGAAAUUUCCAGAAGUUAAAAGACAAGUAUUCUAUGGUUUCACCUCACACACACAGACUUUUCCUUUCUUUAAUUUUUAUUUACACAACUUUGCCACUAAUCUUUAGAUAUUAAACUUGCUUUGUAGGCAGUUAGAACUUUUUAAUUAAAAUAUUUGGAAAUCAGUGGGUGUUCAGCAUGUGGUAAUUAAUGCCUGGAUGAAUUACAGUGAAUUAGGUAAACACAAGUGCCCUUUGAAAGAGGGAGUGAGACAUUUUUAUGUGUCUCUCAUUGCCUAUCCAUUUCUUCUUGUUGAAGAAAAUAAUGCAGAGUGCUCGAAACAAGGCCUAAAUAUCAAACUGGGGACAGGCUAGUGCCAAGAGGGUAGUUUUAUUCUCACCUCAACCUUUUCACAAGUUCCAUAAUUAAUCCCCUUUUCAGGCAUUCAUUGGUGUGGCAGUGAGUGCCCUGACUUUGGGCCGAAAAAUUACAGACCCAUUGCUUAACUCCUAAAGUCUCAUCAGGAAGGUCUGCAUAUGAGAAAGACAUAGCCCUCAUGUGGAGUCUAGGCAUCUAACAGUAAUUAUAUGUCUAUAAGCCACACUUUCAGGUUUUCUGAAUGAGAAAAGGGGCUCUCAAGUCAGAAUGCCGUUUCAGCCAAGCCUGAAAGAGUUCUGAGAGUCUCCUCUCAAAUCCAUCAGGACAGCAGUAGUCACUCUUCCCAGCUUAAUCCUGGACACUUACAGGUGUCGUUCACAGGGUAGAGUAGUGCACUAGAAAUCCAUACAAGUGUGAGGGAAGGUGGCAGCUCUGAAGCAACCUGGUGCUGUGUGCAUUCACAGCUGCUGUCCCAGGACAGAUCACCUGCUCUUCUGUGUAACCCCAGCAAAGGGUUUGAACUUCUGCUGCUGAAAACAAUUCAGUUGCACUUUGUUCAGCCCUGCAUUAGCCAGCAUAUCCAAGUCUUUCUCCUUGAACUUAAAACCAGUUGCUUCUGCCUCCUGCAUGCCCAGUUCUCUUUCACAAAUCAUACACCUCAGAAUUCAAGGAAAAGCAUAUGGAUUUGCUCCAGAUACACACACACUCCUCCAUUAUAU